GAAAGCGUGCAAGAGAGCAGAGAGAGCGCGUAGGCAUCGAUAACAAAAACAACGAACGCUGCACCCAGCACCUGCCCAUUCCUUCGCCCCCCCGCAACCAUCGCCGACAGCAACCCCCGCAACCAAAACAGCGCUCUCAAGUGAAAGACGUUUGGGCAAGUGCAGUAAAAAGUCCACGGGACACGGACACGGACACAGUGCGAGACGCAGGCGACGUUCAAAUUUGUUAAUACAACAACAAUAGCAGCAACAAACACAACAACAAACAGAAAGCAAUAGCCUCUAAAAUGGGCAAGAAAGACAAGAAUAAGGAACAGGCGGAUGCUGCAGCAGCUGGCGAUGCACCACCAACCGAUGGCCCACCAGCCGGCGAGGGUGGCGAUGGUGAGAUUGUGGGCGGACCACGCAAUCCGCAACAAAUUGCGGCACAAAAGCGCUUGCAACAGACGCAGGCCCAAGUCGAUGAGGUUGUUGACAUUAUGCGCACGAAUGUCGAGAAGGUUCUGGAGCGAGAUGCUAAACUCUCCGAGCUGGACGAUCGUGCAGAUGCCUUGCAACAGGGUGCCUCGCAGUUUGAACAGCAGGCGGGAAAACUAAAACGAAAAUUCUGGUUGCAGAACUUGAAGAUGAUGAUCAUAAUGGGCGUCAUUGGACUGGUCAUUGUUGGCAUUAUAGCAAAACCUUUCAUGUCGGAUGAUGCUGGUGAUACUCCAUCUCCUGCUUUGCAGCAGGUUCAUGCACCUGCAUCCGCACCUGCAUCUGCACCAGUAUCAGUAACAGCACCAGCAUCAGCACCACAACAACAACAACAACAACCACCACCACUACCACCAUCACAACACACAAAUCAAAUCAAAUCCGAACCACCAACGACACUCGAGAAAACUCCAUUGGCUGAGAAAUUGACCGAUGACCCACCGAGUCCCAAGGAUGACGUGGCGACAGGACAAUAAAACGCUCAACACCAACAACAAGAACAACAACCAAAACCAACAGCACAACA